UAGUUUUUGUGGUAAUGGAAUGUAAAUUUACUGUCGGUACCUGUCUGUAGUGAUGCUUUACUACUGUAUUACGUGUGUCAAAAGCUAACUUUAAGCACACUGACAUUUCAGUGUUAGUUUUUCUAGCGCAGCUACUGUUCAAUAUGCUAGCUAAGCUACGCGGUUAGCCAGCUGGUUGUCUGCAUCAUAUUAGCUGACAGGAGGCUAACAUUAAGCUUUUUGGUCUUGUUUGACAGCUCGGGAAAGCAUGUGCAAUAAACCGCGCUGCCUUAAUGAAAGUAGCUAACGUAUUUAUUAUGUUACGUAGCCAUGCAAAUAGCUAACAUCUUUGUCAUAGAAGUUUGCCAUUGUGAAAGAUGUUUUGAAGCAACUCUGCGCAUCCUUGUGCUCCAUUUAACUGUAAACAGACGGUGACAUUUGUGUUGUUUUUGUGUGCAUUUUGCUUUUAUUUGCAGUAAGUUACUAGCUGACGUUAGCUAGUAAUGUCUCUAACGUUACCAUCCGCUGAUAUACUUGAAACACCUCCUGGAUAUCCGUUUGAAGAAAUCAACUAUGAGGAUAUUGAAGUUGAGGAGGUGGUGGGGAGAGGAGCCUUUGGUGUUGUUUGCAAAGCCAAAUGGAAAGGCAAAGAUGUUGCAAUCAAGACCAUUGAGAGUGAAUCGGAGAGGAAAGCCUUCAUUGUUGAGCUCCGGCAGCUUUCACGUGUGAAUCACCCCAACAUUGUGAAGUUGUAUGGCUCCUGCAAUAACCCAGUCUGCCUUGUGAUGGAAUAUGCUGAAGGAGGGUCGCUGUACAAUGUGCUGCAUGGUGCUGAACCCCUCCCCUAUUACACUGCUUCCCAUGCCAUGAGCUGGUGUGUUCAGUGCUCCCAGGGCGUGGCCUAUCUCCAUGGCAUGAAACCAAAGGCUCUCAUUCACAGGGACCUCAAGCCACCCAAUCUGCUUCUAGUGGCAGGCGGCACCGUGCUGAAGAUAUGUGACUUUGGAACAGCAUGCGACAUUCAGACCCACAUGACCAACAACAAAGGUAGUGCAGCCUGGAUGGCCCCGGAGGUAUUUGAAGGCAGCAAUUACAGCGAGAAGUGCGACGUGUUCAGCUGGGGGAUCAUUCUCUGGGAGGUGAUCACUCGCAGGAAGCCCUUUGAUGAAAUUGGAGGACCAGCUUUUCGCAUUAUGUGGGCCGUGCACAACGGCACAAGACCUCCUCUAAUCAAGAAUUUGCCCAAGCCUAUUGAGAGUCUGAUGACUCGCUGCUGGUCUAAAGAUCCGUCUCAGCGGCCUUCCAUGGAGGAGAUAGUGAAGAUCAUGACUCAUCUAAUGAAGUACUUCCCAGGAUCUGAUGAACCCCUGCAGUAUCCAUACCAGUAUUCAGAUGAGGGACAGAGCAACUCUGCAACUAGCACAGGUUCAUAUGUGGACUACACUGGCACCAGCACCAGCAACAAAAGCGACGCAAACAUGGAACACAGUGACUCUCAAGGGAGCAACGACACUAUCAAGAUUACGCCUCAGUUUGCUCCUUAUUUCAAACCAAAGGCAGACCCACUGAGAACGCUGCCUCUGUCCAGGGGCGGCAGCGUGGAGAGCCUGCCUGCACGAACACAGUGCCUGGCAUCGUCUGACAGCAAAAGAAUGAGCGCUGACCUCUCGGAGCUGGAGCCCAAAAUGCCAUUUGCACCUGCAGCACGUCCGCAGUAUAAACGAGGCCAUCGUAAAACGGCGUCAUUCGGCACCAUUCUGGAUGUUCCCAAGAUCGUCGUCACAGCCACAUGUGAGCCUCAGAGACGUCGAUCUGUGCAGGACCUGCCCGGCAUCGGCACAGAGUCCAGCCAGGGGAGCAGGAACAGCAGCCGGUCCUCCAGUCCCAGUGUGAGGAUGAUGCCACCUGAUAAGACGAGCAGCAGAGGUUACUUCUCCCCUGAUGACCCCACAGACACAAACGGCUCAGACAACUCCAUUCCCAUGGCUUAUCUGACCCUGGAUCACCAGCUGCAGCCUCUCGCUCCCUGUCCCAACUCCAAAGAGUCCAUGGCCGUGUUCGAGCAGCACUGCAAGAUGGCCCAAGAAUACCUGAAAGUGCAAACAGAGAUCGCCCUGCUGAUCCAGAGAAAGAAGGAGCUCAUCGCUGAACUGGACCAAGACGAGAAGGACCAGCAGAACACGUCCCGUCUGGUGCAGGAGCACAAAAAGCUGCUGGAGGAGAACAAGAGUCUGUCCACAUACUACCAGAAGUGCAAAAAACAGCUGGAGCUGAUCCGGGUCCAGCAACAGAAGAGACAGGGCACGUCGUGAUGAGACAGAGACAUUAUGAACUGCUUCUAUCCCUUCCCUCCCCGCCCGACCCCCCCCCCCCCCACUCCACCCCUCCUCCUCCUCCCCUGCACUAU